AUGCCAUCAGUGCAGUGCAACAACUGUCACCAAAGGCUCGAGGCCCCGCCAGGCGCCCCCGUGGUCCAAUGCGGCAUCUGUCACAGCAUUGUACAUGUCAACUCAACCGGUCCCUACGGCAUCAUGCCUCCGUCCAUGCAUGGCUCCCAUCCCAGUGGACCUUAUCCAUCUUCACCAUACGGUGGGCCAGCCGGCCUCUAUCCGCCUCCAAUGUCCGGCCACGGCAGCCUGAGCAGCAGCAGCACCCCGCAGGCGGCCCCGGGUCACCACCCUGCAUACCCACCGCGCCAUGGCCCUGGGGGCACUGGACCCACGCCUCUGCCCUCAGCCUCUGCCGGGUAUCAUCAGCCCUCAGCUCCCUCGAUAUCCCCAGAGGCCGGUGCACCCCGUGUCACCAAACGCAAAGCCAUGCUUGUGGGCAUCAAUUACCUCGGUACCUCGGCCGAGCUAGGCGGCUGCAUCAACGAUGCAAACUGCAUGAAGUAUUUGCUCAAAAAACGCUUUGGGUAUCAAGACUCAGACAUUCUGCUGUUGACCGAGGACAAUCCCAACCCGGUUAUGCAUCCAACCCGCCGCAACAUCAUCAACGGCUUCAAGUGGCUGGUGGAUGGCGCUGCGGCUGGUGACUCGCUCUUUUUCCACUAUUCCGGCCAUGGCAGCCAGAAAAAGGAUCGAACCGGAGAUGAGCUCGACGGCUACGACGAAACAAUCCUGCCUCUGGAUUACAAACGCGAGGGUCAGAUCACGGACGAUGAGAUUUUCGACCGCAUGAUUCGUCCCCUACCUGCGGGCUGUCGACUGCAUUGCGUUGUUGAUGCCUGUCACAGCGGCUCUGUGACCGACCUCCCGUACGCAUUGCAAAAGGAUUGCCGCAGCUGGUAUCAAGCCUCACGCAUCUACAAGGGCACGGAAGGCUUUGUUGUGUGUUUUGCAGCUUGCGAUGACCGACAGACAAGUGCCGACACAUCGGCACUGGCCAAGAAUGCCCGCACGGGUGCCAUGACCUUUUGCUUUAUUGAAGCUAUUGAAGGUGGUUAUGGCGAUACCUAUCGCAGCAUCAUGCAGCGUGUGCAGCACCGGCUCAAAUCAGCACAAGCCCCCGGCGGUGGCUUUUCCUUUUCAAACCCGAGCGACAUUGUUACGGGUGUUCUAGGCUUUCCCCAAGUCCCCUUGCUCUCCUCCUCGAAGCAGUUCGACCCCAAUACCAGCUUUUACUUGGCUUACUACUCCUGGGCCAAGCUCAACUGUACGCACUACAAUGAAGGAAAAUGCAAGCACGCGUCAGGUCAUCCAAAAACGAACGAUCGUCCAUCCAAACCACAAGGCUCGGGCUGUGCCAUCAUAGCCAGGGCUGACGCCGCCACCAUCCGAACUCGCAAGUUCAUCUCCAACCGUCUGCUCGCCCGCAAGCAGAUGGUCGUGGAUGUGAUCCACCCGGGUCUCGCCAACGUCUCGAAGUCGGAUCUGCGCGAGAAGCUCGCGGCCGCCUACAAGACGACUGCUGACCUCGUCGUCUGCUUUGGCUUCAGGACACAGUUUGGCGGUGGCAAGAGCACCGGCUUUGCGCUGAUCUACGACAGCGUCGAUGCCAUGAAGCACUUCGAGCCCAAGCACCGUCUUGUUCGCGCUGGCCUGGCCACCGCCAAGUCUGGCUCGCGCAAGCAGAAGAAGGAGCGCAAGAACCGUGACAAGAAGUUCCGCGGUGUCAAGCGCACCAAGUAAAAAGGGACUCGAUCCAGCUCUUGAGCAGGCCGAAUCCAUAAGCAUUC